AAGACACCAAAACAUUAUGUCAUGACCAAUGUGUACAAAUCGUAAACUGAUCGAUGGCGCCUGAAAUCGCGGACUCGGACGCUGAGUCAGAUUCUCACUCACCUGUGAAACAGAUGGUGGCAACUGGUAAUGCCGAUGGAGGUGUUGACCCAAGUCAGGUCUUACUGUCAAGAUACGACUUCGACCAAUUUCUAGAUCCUACUCAGAGACUCUCAUCAAACUCACCAAGUCAUGUGAACGGCGCGCCGACAGCGAGCGAAUUAUUGGCAGGACUACCCAGCGACAGUUCUGAUGUUCUGAUGGGCAAGCGAUCGAGCGAAAUCUCGCCCGUAGCGCAAGGAAAGAAACGAGCCCACAGUGAAUUACAGAAGAGCUCGGGGAGAUUACAACAUGAUGAAUUUGCGCAAGUCUCGGCCUCGAAAAGGACGAAAACAUAUGCUCACUCAUCCAAGUCUCGGGGUGGUGCCUUGAAGGACAUCGACUUGUUCAAUCCUACCGGCGAGCCCUCGCUAGCCGCCAGUACCAACAGUCAGAAUAUAGCAGUUCAGUCAACAGAUGGACUAAGCCAGAACCUUUUCAACUCAUUGCCAAAUGCUGGUCCAUCAAUCAAUCUCCUUGACCAUUCACUAUCGAGUUCGACACAUCGACUAACUACGUCCACGGCUUCAAUGGGACAGUAUGAAUCAAUCAAUCUGGACUUUCGUGGCACGAAUCAAGGACUCGACAUUCAUACCAAUCCCUUUGGCUCCCUGAGUCAAGCAUCCAUUGUAGCUGAAGGUGACAACAGCGUCACUAUCAUGCAGACAGACGCUCAGCAGACAAUGACCCAGCAACAGGCCAUUCCAUCCAUCUCAACGGAUGAGCUUCUCCCACAUCAGGCACUUUCUGCCCUAUUUCAGUCUUCUCCCACACGACCCUCGUUCGUGGAUCCUUCCGUGAUCAUGCAAAAUGAUGGGGUUGGGAUCGGCCCAGCACCAAUCGAUGACUUUAGAUCAGGAGUUGCGAUGGCGACCAUACUUGAACAACCAGAGCCUAUCGAUACUGUCGUCGAGAAGCCUCAGCCUAAGAAACGCGGACGGAAGCCAAAGAACCCCCGGAUAUCUUCCGAGUCUCCGGCUCCUGGCGCCUUGAACGACAUGGACGAGUUUGCGUUGCCAGAUCUGCCACACGUAAGCAGAACAAGGCAGGGCACUGUCGACUCGUCUAAACAAGUCAUGGGAGAAGCUGGACAGGAAGCACCCGCCGAAGAAUCGCCGGUAAAACAACCAACAAGUGAGCUGCAUCUCAGUGAUGAAGCGAUGAUUGGUUUGCCGAAAGACAACUACAAGCCGCGCCCUAGCCGAUCCAGGUCCAAGAAAGUUGCUGAGGAAGAAGCCGUCUCGGUACACGAAACCGAACAACAAACUCCUGCCAGAAACGAAAUUGUAGAUUUCGAGGAACCAGCUGAACAGACUCCUGCCGGUGGAUCCGCCAAAUCCAGUACAAAGAAAGGUCGGAAGAGCAAGGUGAAGCGGGCGAAAACGUCUGCGGCUGCGUUGCUCAAAACGGCUGAACCGAUGCUCAGUGAGGGAGAAGAAGACGUUGUUUGGAUGGACACCAAGCCGACCCCUGUCAAAUUGGACCUGCCUCCCGAUCUAAGCGUGCUCAAGAAGGAGACGGAGUUGAUGGAGAAUCACGAGAGCACAGAGGGCAAGGAAACCCAAGGUCUUAACACGUUUGUAAACGAGACGGAAAGCAAAGUAACUGUUGAGAUCCCUACGGAGGUUAAGGACGUUGGGGUGGCACCGAAGAAGAGAGGACGGAAACCCAAAAAGCUCCAGCCACUCCCACAGGUAGAAGUCCAAGAAGAUAAAGAGGAGGAGAUGGAAGAGGCCAGACCAGCUUUAGCCGACAAGUCUACGAAUCUGACGAGCGAUCAUCAACGAGAGAACGUCUACAGAGAGCCGAAAGCACCCACAAUGUCACCUCUAUCUGAAGCUCCCUCUCGGCUGGCAUCGCCCGAGAAGGAAAAUGUACUUCAGAUGGCUGUUGUCGUCACGCCGUCAAAAGGUUCGAUUGCGGACGAGGGGCCUAUGACGCAUUCUCCUAUCAAGGCAUCCAAUUCGUCAAGCGGCAAGAAAACAACGUACCGUGUUGGACUGUCACGACGGCAGCACAUUCCCAGCCUCUUGCGCAAGGUGCAAAGGGACAAAGCGCCUCCGAAGAUCGUGGUUCGGAAAGAAAAGGAGAAGAAGAAGAAAGGUGUCGACAACGGUAGUGAUGACGAGAAGGAUGGUCUGGCGGGUGGCGAGAUGAGAGGGGCUGAUGGGAUGCUCGUGGAAUGGGACUUUUGA